GCGCUGCUGCGCGAGCUGCUGGCACGCACCCUGCUGCUGCCUCUGCUGGACCUGGUGGCUGACCCGGACACGGUCAACCAGCUGUUGCUGCUGCUGUUCUCGCCGGAGCCGCUGGAGCCGUGCCCGGCCGACAGCUCGCCGCCGGUGGAGCUGCUGCGCGCUUGGACGCUGGCCGGCCGGCCGCGGCCCAGUUCGGCGCUGGCCGUCGACCUCUCGGGCGUGCUCAAGUCGGCCGAUCUGCUGUACGCGCUGAUGCAGUGUCUGAAGGAGCGUGGCGAUCUGCACCUGGUGCAGUUCUGCCUGGCCGUCGAGGAGUUCAACCAGCGCAUGCUGAACCCGGAGCUCAGCGACGAGCAGCUGCGAAACCUGUACACGGAGGCGUCGCACAUCUACAACUCCUUCUUGCGGCCGGAGUCGCCCGACUUCGUGGGCGCCGACGCCGCCGUCUGCGCGCAGGUGCACGAAGUGCUGUGCGGCCGCGUCGAGGAUGUCACGCGCCUGCGUCGCAUGAAGGCGCUCUUCGAGGCAUACGAACAGGCGUACAACCGGCUGGAACAGGAGUGCAUGAUAGACUUCCUGAGCAGCGGCCACUACCUGCGCCACGUGUGCCGGCGGCAGUCGGCCGGCGCAGGCGCGGCCGGGCGCAGCCGCGUGUUCCGGUCGGUGACGGCUGUGGCGCGGUGGGGCCGCCGGCUGCGCGACGCGCUGCGACCGAGCGCUGUCGACGGCCGCCCGGACGAGCAGUUCGAGCUGGGCGAGGAGUUCGUGCCGGAUGAGGACGAGGACGAGCUGGGCGCGGAGCCGAGCGCCGCCACCGCCUGCGAUCUGUCCGCGUGGACGAUCGCCAUCCCGCGCGUGUCGAUGGCGCCCGACUUCAGCGGCAAGCAAACGAUCGUGUUUGUGCUGGAGGUGAGCCGGCCGGAGCCGGGCGGCGAGCGCGACGCCCACCAGUGGCAGAUGGCGCGCAAGCUCAACGAGUUCUACGUGUUGGAGAAGAAGUUGAUGGAGUUUCACGGCGACCUGGGCGACGUGCGGCUGCCGCUCAAACAGAACCUGGUGUCGGCCAGCUUCUAUACGCAGGACUUCCUCGACUGCCGCAAGGAGAUGUUCGUCUCGUUCCUCCGCCGGCUGGUGCAGGUGCCCGGCCUCAACAGCUCCCAGCUCGUGUGCGCCUUCCUCUCCUCCGACCAGAUGUUCGUCGACGACUUCCAGCAGGACAUCAACAUCGGCCGCAUGAUCCGCACGGUGCCGCGCAAGUUCCGCAAGGAGCGCGGCCAGAACCUGGACGCCUUCCUGGCGGCGUUCGUGGCGUCGACCGAGCCGCCGGCGCCGACGCCGCUGGCGCUGGCGCUCGGCGCCCAUUUUGAGGACGGUACGCGAGCGCUCUUCUCCUGCCUGCAGCUGCCGCAGCUCAACAAGCAGCUGGCGUACGUGUUGUUGGACCGGAUCGUGCUCGAGCUAUUCCCAGAACUGGCCGAGGAGCCUGAGGCGCCGCCGUGAGGUGGUCCGCGCGGCGGAGGUGGCCGUGGCAGGUCCGCCCAGUGGUGGCGGCCGUGGCGGGAGGUUCGCCCUGCGGGGGGUAGCUGAGAGGAGGUCCGCCCUGCGGGGGGUAGCUGAGAGGAAGUCCGCCCGGUGGAGGUAGCCGUGGGAAGGUCGGCCGGCAGGCUCUGGCCUCAGAGCGUGUUGACCAACGACGGCGUUCCAUUAAGACAGUGAUCCCAAUCGCACAUAUCACAGCUAUUUGUUUUGUUUAUUUGAAUCGUAAUAGCAAGCAGUUGAUGUUUCCUGGCUGUUAUAUCUCAGUUAUAUUCGCCGAUUGUCCGUCAUGGUUUCCGUUUUACGACGGGACUGUGCACACCUGUUCCACUGUGGUAUCGAGAUGCUUUAUUCGCCCAGUUUAUACCUAGCGUGUAUUCCACGUGUAUCUGACGACGGACACACGUGGUCCUAUCUCCUAUGUUUCGCCGUGGUAUCCGCGUCGAGGGAAUAUACCCUGAUUUUAUUGGAA